GAAAGGUUAAUGUUAGUGAAUGUGACUGAGUUCCUGAAAAGAUACCUGGUUAAGCCUUCUAAGGAAGUGUGGAGGAGAGUUCUCGUGAUUUAGCUUCUUUGUCCUGGAUCCUUACAGUAAGGAAAAAAGAAAACAUCAAUACAGCUGACAGAAGAGUUCUGUUGGAAUAUGGAUUCAUUAAGUGGUGGCUCUGAUGUUUUGUCUCAGAGUAGUAGUGCCAAACAACAUGUUUCCCGCAAAAAAGCUAGAGUUUCUAUAAGUGAUACCAUUGAAUAUCUGAAUGAUAGAGAGACACCUGCCUACUUUUCCACAUCAGUGUGCUCAUGUAAGCCAGACCAGGAGGCCGCAGUUUCAAGAAAAAUUAAGCAUCACCCUGCAAGAGUAUUGGGCUUUGUUCAUAAAUGGCAGGAUCCAUCCAAAGCUGAAAGCACCAGCAAUAUGAGCACAGACGAAGUUCUAGCCUUUGCUCCAGCACCUCAGCGAAAGACACGCCAGCAGUUUGGGCAAGAAAACAAGGCAGCCGCCAUCAUACAGUCAGCUUGGAGGGGUUCUCAUGCCAAACAAAACAUGGAGAGGGUGAAUAAGGCUGCCACCAAGAUUCAGGCAAUAUUCCGAGGAUACUUGAUCCGAAAGGAGCUGCCUCUGGGAUUGUGUUCCUCCUAUGGUUGGGCUGAAAAACAGAAGAAAGCUAGACCCAGAAAACAGAACCGCUCUUUCCCAACAUUCCCCAGCUACUAUCCGCAACGCGGUCUAGAUUUUGGAAGGCCUGCUGAAAGGGAGUGUACCUGCCUCCCAAGUUACAAGCCAAAAUACUAUCCAAAAACGGUGAUAGAGAACUAUCCCCCGUUGAAUCUCAAAGAUCCCUUUGAAAGGGCAUCUAUCCUUCAACCCAGCAAGACAGGGUUAUUUUCAAUGUCUUUGCCCCUGGCAUUAGAGAAGCAAAGACACCACGAGGCUGCUGCUACAAUUCAAGCAGCCUGGCGGGCUUACCAAAACCGUCAGAAAAGAAGGCCUUUCGUCCACGUCGACAGAUACCCUUUCCCGCCUAAUGUUGCUGUCAAGCAAACAAUUUGUAAAAAUCUAACAUUAGGAUGUACUUUUCCAGAAGAAGAAAUCCAGCAGAUGUUGGAGAACACGGACAUUUUGUUACUGAGCAAAGCACCACGGGUUCGAAAUAUUAAUAUACGUGCAGUGGUAAAAGGCUUGCCAGUUUCUUCCCCGAUGCCCAACAUAUCUGUGGAGGUAAAAUCCCCUCAUGCGGUAAUCCAAGGAUUUCAAAGAGACUUGAGCAGUGGUGUCCAAGCAGUUUACACUAUGAGAAACGCCAAUGCUUCAGGAGUGUCUCAGAUCCUUAUUCAUGUGAAUACGCAGAAAGGAAAAAUGGCCUUUAAGUAACUGGAAAGAAAAUACAAAAGUCAA